CUCCACCUUCAAUUUGAUUCAAUUGCCCGUCAGCACUUUGGAUAGAUCCUUUGACAGUUCUCGUUCGCGGCGAUCGAUCGGUCUCUUACUCCCACGUAAGGUACAAGAGAAGCCAGUACUAAUUAUUGAAGCCGAUCGAUUCUUUUACAUCCGAUCAUUUACGUUUCCGGAGGUCAGCAUGACAGAUUCCGAUUCAGCAAAGUUCAACGUUGUAACAGAGGAGCAUCUUCGAGCGUUAGGGGAUAGGCUCAUAAAUGCUUCCAGAGAUUGUUCACUCUCAUCCUCCUAUCGGACGCUCUUCACCCUAAAAUCUCUAUGUCAACGCGCAAUAGCGGCAGCCAACUCUCAUUCCGUAUCCACUAGCCCAAGAUCAACAACGUCACUCCUCAACAACGACACGUCCAAUUCCAAUUCCGAAUCGCCAUCCACCCAAACACCAAUAAUAAUUCUCCCACCAAAUGCCGAGCAAGUGAUAAUAUCGCUCCUCGGAAAGGCCCUUCACGCGCCGACCGUCCGUUCUCUCCUUCGACACGAACUUGCCUAUGUCCUAGGUCAAAUCGGUUCACCGCUAGCCAUCCCAAUCCUAGAAGAAGUACUCAGUGAUGUUGAGGGGCAGGAGGAGAUGGUUAGACAUGAAUCUGCUGAGGCUUUGGCUGCGUUGGACAGUAAAGGGAGUGUGGAGAUUCUUAGACGGUUUGUCGAUGAGGGAGGGAAAGGGGAGAAAGGGAAGGUGGUUAGGGAGACUUGUCAGAUUUCAUUGAGGAAGAUUGAGUGGAAUGAGAGCGAAGAGGGGAAGGAUAAUGGGGCUAUCGAUAGGAAGUUCACGUCCAUUGACCCUGCACCCCCUUUCACCACACCUUCCACGUCCACAGAAAUCGAUUCACUAAAGAGGACGCUCCUAGAUGUUACCCACUCUUUAUUCGAUCGUUACAGAGCUAUGUUCUCCCUGCGAAACAUCGGUACGCCAGAGGCGAUUGAUGCUCUGUCAGCAGGGUUCUUGGAUGACAACGCUCUAUUCAAACACGAAAUAGCAUUCAUCAUGGGUCAGUUGUCACACCCCCAUUCGAUCCCCGCUCUUGUCAAAGUUCUCGAACGGCCCGAUGAAUCGCCGAUGGUCAGACACGAAGCGGCUGAAGCCCUCGGGGGUAUUGCUGAAGAGGAAGGAUCGAGUGGGCAGGGCACUUUGAGGAUUUUAAGAGAAUGGAGGGAUAAACCUGAGGCUCCGGAGGUGGUUAGGGAGAGCUGUAUCGUGGCGGUUGAUAUGUGGGAGUAUGAGAACAGCAAGGAAUUCGAGUAUGCCAAUGGAUUGUUGUAGAUGCUGUUAACAUGGGAACAAGCCGUGCGUAAAGGAAGAAAUUGGCCAAUUGGCGUACAGAUUAUGAUUCUGCCAGGUUGCGACGCGACUCCUUUGUGAUCGAUUGCAGAGUGAAUCACCGGGUCCAUAGGCUUUCUCGUGUCAUUGACGCAUCUGCAUGCUUUGGCCUUGGAUGCUUGCUUUUCGAUGCACAAAUUGAGCUCAACCCAAAUGAAGAUCCCAUUUUAUGUUGGCCUGAUUACCCGAGUACUGUGUUGUCACCUGUACAUCUAAUCAUUUGCGCGAGGCUCUGGGUCAUGUAACGGCCGCGGUUGCGAGGAAAUA